CUUGACGCGCAGCCCGUCUUGUCCAACCGGAAGUCCACGUCAGUACGGAGACCGGGACUGAAGACAAACUUUAACCCGAACUGAAGCUGUUUGAAUUUAAACCAGUUUCUUUUUUUAAAUUAAAUCUUAUUUUCUUUUUCUGUUUUGGGGGGACUGAAAAUGGCGGACGACGCCACGCGCAGGGCCGUGUCGCAGAUCCCGCUGCAGAAGACGCACGCGGGGCCGCGGGACCGCGCGCUGUGGCCGCAGCGGCUGAAGGAGGAGUACCAGGCUCUGAUCCACUUCGUGGAGCAGAAUAAGGCGGCGGACAACGACUGGUUCCGCCUCGAGUCCAACGCGGACGGCACGCGCUGGACCGGCACGUGCUGGUUCAUCCACGAGCUGCUGCGCUACGACUUCCAGCUCGAGUUCGACAUCCCGGUGACGUACCCUAACACCGCGCCCGAGGUCGCGAUCCCGGAGCUGGACGGUAAGACCGCGAAGAUGUACCGCGGCGGAAAGAUCUGCCUCACGGACCACUUUGCGCCGCUCUGGGCCCGGAACGCGCCGCGCUUCGGUCUCGCGCACCUGAUGGCGCUGGGACUCGGACCCUGGCUCGCGGUGGAGAUCCCGGACCUGAUCAGCAAGGGUCACGUGGUCCACAAGGAGCAGCAGCGUGAGGCGGCGGCGGUGGAGUGACGUCACCGGACGAACACGUUGAACAUUGAUAUAAUAAAUCUGAAAUAAACUUAAAUUAAUUUCACUAUUUGCUGGAGAUUAAUGUGAAGUUGGAACAAGUUUGAAGAUAGAAAUAUUCAGUGAAAAUGUUCUGUAGCAAUUAAAAACAAGUUCAGAGUUGAUUCUGAGUAAAACAUUAAAACGUUAUGGACAUAAACAUACUCACAGGAACAUCAGAUGAUUCAUUAAUACAAGUUAAAGAACUCAUCACAAUAUGAACAGUCUGCUCACAACCAGGAGGGACUUUGAAUGACAGCUGACAUUUUAUUUUAAGUAUAUGUAUAUUAUAUAUAAAAUGUUCUGCAGUUUGAGAUAGUGUUUGA